GACUCCUCUGUAUUUACUGAAGACUCAACGAGGCUCAACCAUGCAACUGUCCGUCCUGGUGUUGUCCGUGGGCCUCGCUCUGUGCGGGGCGGUGCCACGCUACGAGCUGCCCGGACCCUGGCCGGCGACCCAUCAGGGCCCCUUCCUGGAGCGCGAGGAGGCCGCCAUGAUGCCGGCAGAGUUACUGAUGGUCAGCUCACGACACCCACUUUCAAACAUUCAUCCACUGAAGGCGCGGGAGAGGCCUCGCCGCUCGCUGCAGCCAGGCGCGCCGCAGUACCCGCUGCCCGGCGCGCAGCCCGCCCAGCGCGACAACGACGUGGCGGUGUCGGCGACGAGGGAGCGCGGCGUGGGCACCGUGGUGGACGCCCAGGGCCGCGCCAACGUGUGGCGCAGCGACGACGGCAACACGCGCGUCGACGCGCACGGCCGCUGGACGCGCGUGUACGACGGGCCGGCGCGCGGCCAGCGCUCGCACAGCGCGGGGGUCGUGUUCUCGCACCGCUGGCGCUGAUCCUCGCCCGUGCACAACAACACGUGUGAACACAUACAUCUGCCUUGCUGCAGAAACAUUGCAAAGAUAACUUUUUAAUGUGUCUAAAGUAAACCUUGUAGAGAUACGUUUCUGCACUGUUCUUAAAAUUUAUUAUUAUCUUUCAAUUUAAAAAAAAAAACUUUUCACCUGUAUGUAACUGCUACAUUAAUUUUAAGAGACACCAUCUGCUAUCCAUUGGAAACAUCGUAAAAAUAAAUUAACCGUUAUUUCUUUAUGAGCAUAAAUCCGAAAUAUUGCAAAAGAAUACAAUUUUUCAUUUCUGCAAUGUACCCGAGUUGUUGAGAUCUUGUUUGGAAUUUAAUUGCAAGUCAAUCAAACGAGCACAAAUAAAAAACUGUUAAUUUGUGUGAAUGUGCAAAUGGGUAAUGUUGCAAAAUUUGACAGUGUUUAAAUAUGAUAAUGUAACAUUUUUUUUCUUUUGUAUGAAACAUAUUGUGAUUUAUGAAAUAUGACAGCAAUAGGAAUUCACAAGUAUUCACAGGCACCAAUUUUAAUGUGUGGAGGGGUGUGAUACUUACGUUAUAGUUUUUGUCACAGGUCAAAGAGUAAAUAGUUCAAAAUAAUUUGGUCCUCCUUGAUUUGGUGCCAAUGCUAGCUUACGUUUUGCGGUAUAACUUCAAAAUUCAUUUAUUUAUUACAAACACGUAAUGUAGCCCUACAGAAUAAUUAUUUCAAUGACUGGCAAUAGUUUGACUGGUGUAAUUGCAUAUACGUGGAUAGAUCAAGAAUAAUCCUUAAAGUAAUAAUUACAAUCUUGUUUCAAAGUUUUUGUUUGAAAGAAAUUUAGAUACAAUUAAAAAAAUAUUUUAAUUUGAUAUUUACGACAUUAUUUAGUUUCUAAAAUUUAUUCUAAACCAUCUACUUCUGGAAAUAUUUCUGUACAGAUGAAAAACCGCACUUUUUCCAAUUUUUUAAAUAUUAGGAAAACGAUUUGUUACUUCGGUUCCAUUGACAUUGCCCUGUUUGUGUUUGUUUAGUAAAAUUAUGUUUUAAACUGUCAUAUUUUAUGCAUGAUAAGGUUACUAAUGUACUAUUUUGCAGGAAAACUAUUAGUCCAAUUGAGCUCUUAAGUUAGACAUAAGAUAUUUAAUCUUUAUAGAUAAGUUUGUAAAAAUUUGGUAAUUCUUGUAUAUGUUCGUAUAAAUAUUUAAUAUAGUGAAAUGUAAUGUUUAGUAAAUGAAAAAAAAAAAGUUUUAUGUCUAAACAAUGGCAAAUAUUUUCCUUUGAAACAUGCCAAUGCUAGACUCAGAUAUCUAAGCAUUCUACCAGAGAUAAUACAUAUAUAAAUUUUAUCAUACAUUUAAAUGUUUAUUUGGGCUUUAAAUUUAACUGAAAGUGAGGCUGAAGGAGGAAGGAAAAACUAUUAACGUGUUACAAGUAAUUUUCUUGGGAAAAGACCCAAUUUUUGUACCAUAAAAAAUUAUUCUUGUAUCGAAAGAUACUUUUCAAUUUUUUACACUUAUUGAAACUUCGCAUUACAUAUACAUAAUACGGUAUUUAAUACCACUAAGUUCCGUUAUAUAUUUACGCCUAAAAUUUUUUAACUUAAAAUCAAAUUACUUGAGCUCGAAAUGGUAAAGCUUCUACACGGAAUAAAUUUAUAUUCUUGAACACUUCUGUUUUUACUGGAUUACGUCCUUGAUUUCCAUUCGUGGUAUAUUUUAUAUUUUGGAAUUAUAUAUAUUUAGUCUUUAAUCACUGAAUCAUUCUGCGGAAUAUAUGUACACACACUACUAUCAGUUUUGAGAAAUGAGAAGUUUUUAAACGCACUUGAAACACACAUACAAAAAAAAAGCUCUAAUAAUUGAAGAUUUUUACCCAAGGUGAAUACCAAUUAAACUUCGUUUGGAAACCUUCCAUUAUUUAGAUUUGCCAUACAGUGAAUUCCUCCUUUUUACUGCACUCUCACACAGAUCGUAGCAGCGAUCGAGCAGAACGCUUGUCUUGUAUCCAUUCAUCGACACCAUGGUAGUACUUCUGGUUAGCUGCGACGUUACACUAUUAAUUGUUAAUUUUUUUUUACUUAAAGCAGGAGUUUUGGCCCGAAAAAAUUUGAAUGAGGUGUGUAUAAAGCUAUGUUAAUAUAUGUAACUAUAAGUUUAUUGCUGAAUAAGUUUUUUUUUUUACUUUUUUGAUGUGUUGUGAAUCUUGUGACGUACAAGCAUUAUAAAAGAACCGUUUUCUUACUGCAUUCCUUAAGUGCGUCAUCUUUCCUUCAACAUUAGUAAAGAUGCCGCGCAAAAAUAAAGGCAAGAUGCCGCAGUGUCAAAAAUAUAUUUGUUAAAAUUAUAUACUUGCGAAUAGCUACAGAUAAUUUUAUUUAAUUUUGGCAAACGAAGUCAUGUUUUUAAUGUUGGUGAAUAGGGAUUCCCUCUCAUUAAUUAACCAGGUAAAGUGUUAGCAAACAAAGGUUCUAGAAAUGUCCUCACAAUGGCACUUAAAUAAAAGGGGGAAAAAAUCACUUAAAUAGGAUGUUUUAAUGCAGAAGGAAGAUACUUAACUCCUGUAGGUAUAAUGAAAGGUGAAUCAAAAACAGGAGUUGUGUGAAAAGCAAUCUGCAGGUUCACAUGUGUACAUGAAUCCAAAAUCAUCCUACAUAAGUGUUGAAUUUUUUCUUUGAUGGUUUAAAGAACAUUAUUUUCCAAGAAAACUAACAGGAAAAACAUAUUUUAUUCUUGAUGUACAUGCUUCUCUUGCUUCUCUCUCUUUUUUUUUUUUUUUGAAAUUUUUUUUUAAAAAGAAGGCGGUGUUGUAAUUGGUUUGCCUAGUCAUGGAACACAACCACUCCAAUCACUGGAUCGCUCGUUUUUUCGGCCUUUUGAAGGUAACAAAGAGGCUAGCAUGUUGAUGCGUGAGCAUCUAAGGUGAAAUAUAAUCAGAUAUCAAGCAGAACAGCUUGUUGGUAAUGCAUGGAAAAAAGCUGCCACUGUUUGUAAUGUUGUUUCAAUAUGAGGCGACAGGAAUCUUCUCUUUUAAACUUAAUGCAAUUGCCGACAAUUAUUUUUCAAUUUCUGAUGCCACUUUGUUACAUUUGAUUUGUUUGAUUACAUUCUGUAAAAACGGAAUGUAAUCAAUUUGCUCCGGAGAAUGUCGAAGUACUUCAUGGAAAUAGCCCUACGAAUGCUCCUAUUAUCCCAGACAGGCUUAUUAGGUCACCAGUGCCCUCUAAAAACCAAUUGAUAUCUCAUUCCAGUGUAAAACAUAUCCUACACUCUUUACGUUUAAAGAAACUCCAACAAAGUAUUUCCAUUAAAUAUGCCCACUAGCACAACUACCUCCUUAUCUGAAACGAUGAUUUUAACAAUGUGCACUGAUUCUUACCAUAAGAGAGAAUUUAGAAACUUUGAAAAGAGAAAACCAAACUUUAAAAAAAUUUAAAGAGCUGCAUCUGUUCUCAUUAUAAAUGCAUCUCUUCUUUAUGUUACAUUAUUCUGAUGAAAAAACAAGCCCUUAAAGUUGUUUUGUUAUUUAAAAACAUUUAGUUAUUCUAAUAUGAAUAAUAAUUUUUUCCUGAUAAAGCAAAAAUAUGUAGUUUAUAUAACAUUGUGUAUGUUAAAUUAUUAUCAAAUAAAUAUUUUUCUACUGUUCAUUUU